GUUUCUUCCUCAUAAAUACACUCAACUUCCCCCCAAAAUCCCUCCCCCCUCCGUAAUCAAUCUCUCCUUUCCAAAUUUUCCACCGCCGUACCGGCGUUUUCCUUCCUUUUUUUGUCAUCACCGGAGAUGUCAUUUUUUGAUCCUCGGCCACCGCCGACUUCGCCGCCGAUUAAUGGCGGCUCGGUCCCCACUCCCACCACUCUCAUCAUUUCCCAGCCACAAUACAGCAGCCGGAGCACUCCCACGGAUAUCCUCAGCGAUUCCACUUCCUCCUCACCUCCAACGUCGCCGUCCACAUCCAUUAUUAUCGUCAUCAUCGUCAUCGCCUCCGCUAUCGUGGUCUCCGCCACUAUUUACCUUCUCCUCCGCCUGCUUUCCCGCCGUUGCCGCAGCACUUUCCGCACAUUUUCCUCCACCUCUUCGGUGGCGGAGGACGUCGUUUUGCCUAAUCACCUCCGCGUUUCAGGCCGCGCCGAAGAUCGGCGGUCGUUGAAUCAGACGGUUCUGGAAUCGCUUCCCCUGUUUACGUUCGGUUCAAUCAAAGGCGGAAAUUUUACGUCCGGCGAUUGUGCGGUUUGCCUGAGCAAAUUCGAACGGCAGGACCAGCUCCGGCUACUACCUCUCUGUUGCCACGCGUUCCACGCUGACUGUAUCGGCGCGUGGCUGUCUUCCAACCUCACUUGCCCCCUCUGCCGCUCAACCGUAACUCCGACCGAUCGAGAUAUCAUUCAUAAAAUCCUCGGUCCGGAUAAUCCGGAGAGUAAUAAUAAUGGCAACAUUAACGGCGGCAACAACAGCAUGAGCCGUAGCGGAAGCUUCCGCGUCGAAAUCGGAAGUGUGAGCCGCCGACGAGAGGCAGGGGACGAUGAUCGGAGGACGUAUUCUGUUGGCACGUUUGAUUACAUAGUGGAUGAUGCCUGUGAGGUUCCGAUUGGUUCGAUACAUCAAAGAGGCGUUUCUGAUUGUACGUCGGUCGAUAAGGAUUCCGUUAAUAAUAUUCCGGUGACAGGGCCUCCGGGAGAAAAUGUGGCUAUGGAUGUUGGCGGGAGCAGGAGUUGGCUGAGAGAGUACGUGGACAGGAUCAGCUCUCUUUCUUUCUCGUCCCGGACGAUGUCGUUUCGGAGCUCCGGGAGGUUCUUUGCCGGCAGUAGUCGCCGGAGUGAGGUGGUCGUCCCAAUCGAUGACUUGGAAGCCGGCCGGCAAGGGGAGGAAAUUAGCGAGUUUUUCCGGUGGCUCUCCCCGGUAUAAAAAAGUUCUUGUAAAUUUCGACAACGGAUGGAGGUCAUUUUCGUCUUUCAAUACGCCCGAGUUUUCCAUUUAUUGCUUAAUCCACUGAAAUUUUCAAUUCAAAAACUAAAAAUUCUUUUUUUUUUUUUUUUCCUUGAGUGGAUUUUGCAAAAUGUGGAGCUGUGUACAGAGCCUACUACAGAUAGUAAUCAUGGAAUUGGAUAUUAUAUUUGUUUAUUGAGAUUUGAGGUGUUCUUUUUACCCGUGGAAUUAAUUUGUCAAGGUCAAACAUUAAUCAUGAAUUUCCUUCCCUUUUGAUUAAUUACAC